CCAAGUCCCACACGCGCCCUCAUCCUCUCAGCUCCCUACAGAAAUAUCCCAGCUCGCGCCCUCCCUGCUCUCCCCUCGGUGCCGCGCCCAGCUUCUCCUCCCCAUGGCCGCGGCUCCCUAGCGCUCGCCUAUCUGCUCGCGACGCACGCCCAGCCUCUCCCACUCGAGUUCCUCUGCUUCUUCCCCCUGUGUCACGCCCUGGCCAUGGACAUCGGUAUCGACGAGCUCACCCUGAGUUACCUGGCCUGACCGACUUCCUCUGCUCCUGCGUGCCCCAUCUCGUUGCAGCUCCAUGGUGCUCGGACUCAGCUCAGCGCGCCGUGGAGCUCCCUGUUUAGCGCAGGUUGAAUCUCCCAAGAACUCGCGUCCCUCUGUUCGCCGGAAUGGUGCCCCUUCUGCUCAGACUGCGUCUCCCUCUGCUCACGCGCUCCCCUGUUCAUCUCACUGCGCAUGCAGCGGUGUUCGGCUCCAGCUCGCCGGACCUCCCUGCCCAGCUCCCAGCGUCGAGCUUACCUCUGUCCAUGCCGCGCGCCCUUCCUGCUCGCCGCGUCGCGCCCCAGCUCUCUGGCGUGCCGAGCUCGCCCUACGCGCGCUACAAGUUUCCUUCUCCAAUCGCCGCGCGCCGCGCACGCUGCUUCCUGGAGCUCGGCCGUGACCUCGCCGUCGUUCAUCAGCUCCAGCGCACAGCCGAACUCCCCUGCCUCCCAUGGCCGAGUGUCCAGCUCCCUUGUUCCCUGAUUUCUGCGCGCCGCACGCGCCUCUCCCCGAGCUCGCCCAAAUCAGACAGUGUCUCCCUCAGCUCGAUCCCUGUCGUGAAGCUUUCUGGCUCGCCGGCGUUUCACCCGUGCGCGCACGUUCCUGCCGAGCUCGGUCCUGUCCAUCUUGCCGCGCUCGGUCUCUAGCUCCAUGUGCGCGCCGUUGUGAGCUCGUCAGCCACCCACCGUUGCCUUGUCACAGAACCCCCAACGCCGUCAUCCAUGGUCGCGACCUCGCCAAAUGCGUUCAUCGCUUGGCCCUAUGUCGUUUGGCUCGUCGACCUUGUUCGCUGCCGCGCGCGCUUGUCCCUGAUGCUUCUCGCACGGUAUUUAGAUCUCGUCGAUUGGCUCCGCCAUCCUUGUUUCCCUCUGGUCGCGAUAAAAUCUUGUCCCACCAGGUCAUCGGGCGCUGUUCCUAGCUCACUAUAGAGUUUGCUGGGCUCGCCAUAUAUUUAAAUGUCGUCAAAGGUUCGCGUGCAACUGUGAUCUCGUCGUGUCCGUCGGUCUUCAACUUCAGCGACCACUAUCAUUUUCAUCGGCAACAUCGUCGUUGUCUCCUUGGUGCUCGCUGCCGACUCCGCUACCUAUUUGAACUAGAGUUUGUCGUCAUCUUACCCAUGCCGUGGCCGCAACUUCCUAUGUUCCUAGUCCACGUCGUCGUCCAGUUCGGAUUAUUUUUGUGUGGAGGAAGGUGGAGCUGUAGAUGAAGGAUAAAGCGAAGUCCAAUGCGCUGCUCACUAGGCGUUCGACAAAAGGCUCAAAUCAGAGAUUGUUGCUGUUUUGAAAAUAUCAAGCCUGAGUUAGUGAUGGUAAGUAAUUUCGCAUUUUAGGUUAAUUAGCUAAAUUGAUCGAUGCCGUAGGAUAAAAGAGGUCUCAAUAAGUCUCAGUAUUAUGGGACUGUAGGUGUUAAAAAUGAAAAGUUUUAUUAGUAUAUAUGAUACACAGGUUAACCGGUAAAUCAGUUUAGAAAGUUAAUGAAAGUUCUUCUAUCAAAUUUUAUAAGUGUUAGGUGCCCAAGAAUUUUGAAGUUAAAAUUAUAAGUCGUUUAGUGUGUUCUCUAGAUUAGGUAUGAUAUUUUAUGUGUUGAUGAAAUAUUUUAAUCACUUAUAAAGAUGUAAUCUAAUUUAUAAAGCAAGGGAUAAGUUUAGGA